AUGAACGAAAGACUACGGGAAGAUUUGGUAUCCAAGUUGGGCUCUCAAUUCGAGCUACUCGCAAAUGACACGCUGAGAAUAAUCUCUGCUAGUAUAACAUCCCAUACGAUGAACGCUUCCUCUCGCAGCCCAGCGUUUUCGACAAAUCCUGAUGCAGCAGGGAAUGUCCUGGAAUCCGAUCAGAUGUUCACGGCUGAUACAUCAGAUUUCAACUUGAACUUGACAGAAGAUUUGAACUAUUUCGACAUAUUCAAGGAGUUCAUGGGUCAGGAUCCUACGCAAACCUUUUGGGAUAUGUUUCCAUAUGAACUUAGUCUGGAUGCUCCACCAGGCCAUCCAGUAGCGGAGGAGGGAUUACCAUCCAUCAACUCAUCGGAAUUGCUCACAAAUGAGUUGUUCAAGUAG